UGGUGUCUCGUAAAGAAAGGUUGAAAGUAAUCAGACGGAUAUAAGUAUCUAGCAACAGAAGGUUAGCUAGCUAUUUGAGAAGAAACCAAUUUUAAGUGCCAACGCACUCUUUCAAGAAAGCAUCUUCGACUGAAUCGGAUAUCUACAUUUUUGUGUAGUCAUAUCAAUGCCCAAUUGUGAUAUUUAGCUAGCAUGGUGUUACAAAGGAAACAUUAUUACAUUAACUUGUUGUAGCUAGCUAGCAAGCUAACGGUAUUACGAAGUUACACAGAAGGAUACAAACUGAUUAAACAAAGCUAGCUAACGUACUACGAGCUAGUUAAAUACAGUAGUUUGUCAAGCAAAGAAGAGAACAAAACAUACAUUUGGGAAAUUGUAAUAUGAAAGAAGACGUGUCGGAGAAAUUAGGAUUUGUCCCUCAAAAAGACAUCGUCUACAACAAACUUCUGCCAUACGCGGAUAUAUUAGACGAGGAAUCCAAUGACAUUUUGCGUAAAAUCAAAGGAAACUUGGGCCGGGCUGUCCAGCUUCGAGAGAUAUGGCCGGGUGUCUUGUUUUGGACAAGGAAACUUUCCACGUAAGUGCUAACGUUCGCUAACCCAGUUCAGUUGUGGUUUCUAACUAGCUACAGUAGCUAACUAGUUAAUCAAUUAACUGUAUUUAUAAAGGCCUUUUUACAUCAGCAGAUGUCACAAAGUGCUUAUACUGAAACCCAUCCUAAAACCCCAAACAGAAAACAAUGUAGAAGCUCGUAGUUGGUCAUUCACCUGCCCUGUAAAUUAAUUUAGGUCGCUAACACGUGGCUAGCGAACUAGCUAUCUAGUUACAUUUGGUUUUGCCAAAUAGUGUUAGAAGCUAUCAAUAGCUAACUAAGGUUCGAUUUACGUUGGAGCAAGUGGGCUGCCUACCGGUAGUUAGCUAGCUAACAUAUCUAUUUGACCGGUGUAUUUUGAAAUCGGUGUAGGCAUCACUGUCACUGACUGGGCGGGCCGUUGUGGAUUUAGCAGCUAGCAGGAUUAGCCAGGCCAAGAAGCAAGCUCUGACGUGAGGUAGCUAGCUAGAUGUGUUUUGUGCGCAAAAGUGUAAGAAUGAUAACAUAGCCAGGCAGCUGCCAGUAAGCGUUGAAAUGUCAAUCCCGAGAUAGCAAGGAACAUGGCUAAUGACAUGUCAUAAAUCACGAUAUGAGUAAUGUUAGCAGUGGCCAUAAGCAACGCCGUGCUAAGUACCAAUUGCUGUGUCAUUAGAAUACGACCGUUUCUAGCCAGCUAGUUAACUAGGCUAGCAAAAUACUCCCUAAACUAGCUGCAUCUUGUUUGUAAACAUGCUUGUAGGCCUAACUAGUUAACGUUAGUUGUACUACCGGUGACUUGCCACAGAGUGACGACUUUAUAUUUCUAACAUCAGUUUCCAUGUACCCUAAUGGCCCAGCUAGCUAGGUAGCUAAUUGAGACACUGAGCGAGUUUGUUUUACAUUGUUCCGUGCACCGGUUAGGCGGGGUUUGCAUAUUUUAGACUAUUCCAUUGGUCCAAAGUGAAAUCUCUACCCACCCGGGGCACCGGGCUAUACAAAACGAUUUUGCCCAAUGUCACUGCCAUCAUGACCCUAUUGUCCAAAUCCCUCUUAACAAGCCAUGUCUUCACUUAGGCUAGCUAAAUUGGCCAGGCGUUGCUUAGUCACUGUGACUGUAUGGUAGAUACAAUCUAAUGGGAGGACUACUUUUUUUUUUUAAACCAAGGCUGUUGUGUUAACUUGCAAUGACUUCACAAGAUUCUGUGUUGAUAGUUUUACAACAGAGACCCAUGAUUUAGCUAGCUGUAUUGAUUAGAGAUGACAAAAACAACAUAAAAAAUGUCAAGGUGAAACAAACAUUUCUUACUUUCCCCAAACAUUCCCAAAUAUCAUCAAUAUUAUUUUCCAAUAGGGAGUUCAGGUUUGCUGUCACAUGGCAUUCAACUAAUGGUCAUAACUACACAACACAAGUAGGCUACUCAAAUUACCAUAGUCCCUAGUUUAGGGCUCACUGAUUGUUCAAUGUCUGCUUUCACACUCACUGUUCACAUAUAGCCUUAUCACUGCCAGUGAUGCCUUAUAUGACAUGCAGUCACACAUAAAUGCUGUGUGACCUCCUGAGGUAUUUGGUGACACACACAAUACAUAGCUGACUGUGAUUCAGGAUGUAAACACUGAUAUCCUCAAUAUCAGUGUUUUGGCAAAUCUGACCAUAACUUUACAAGCAAAAACUCAAGCUGGAAGUACCAGUGAUGCGCUCAAUACGGAAGUGGUCAGAUGAAGCAGAUGCUAAGCUACAGGACUGUUUAGCUAUCACAGACUGGAAUAUGUUCCGGGGUUCAUCCGAUGGCAUUGAGGAAUGUACCACAUCAGUCACCGGCUUCAUUAAUAAGUGCAUCGACGACGUCGUCCUCACAGUGACCGUACGUACAUACAUAUCCAAACCAGAAUACAUGCAUUACAGGCAGCAUCCGCACUGAGGUAAAGGCUAGAGCUGCCGCUUUCAAGGAGCAGGACACUAAUCCGGACGCUUAUAAGAAAUCCCGCUAUGCCCUCCGAACCAUCAAACAGGCAAGGCGUCAAUACAGGACCAAGAUCGAAUCUUACUACACUGGCUCUGACGCUCGUCGGAUAUGGCAGGACUUGCAAACUAUCACAGAUUACAAAGGGAAACCCAGCCGCGAGCAGUCCGAGCACGGCCCCAUUCACAUUGACGGGGCUGUAGUGGAGCGGGUCGAGAGCUUCAAGUUCCUCGGCGUCCACAUCACUAAGGACCUAUAAUGGUCCAAACACACCAACACAGUCGUGAUGAGGGCCAGACAACACCUCUUCCCCCUCAGGAGUCUGAAAAGAUUUGCCAUGGGCCCUCAGAUCCUCAAAGUUCUACAGCUGAACCAUUGAGAGCAUCUUUACUGGCUGCAUCACAGCUUGGUAUGGCAAAUGCUUGGCAUCCGAUCAUAAGUCGUUACUGAAGGUAGUGCGUUCGGCAUAGUACAGAAGGAGUUUCCUGCCAUCCAGGACCUCUAUACCAGGUUGAGUCAGAGGAACGCUCUAAAAAUUGUCAAAGACUCCAGCCACCCAAGUCAGACUGUUCUCUCUGCUACUGCACGGCAAGCAGUACCGGAGCGCCAAGUCUGGGACCAAAAGGCUCCUAAACAGCUUCUACCCCCAAGCCAUAAGACUGCUGAAUAGUUACUCAAAUGGCUACCCAUACUACUUGCAUCAACACCCUUUUUUGUUGUUGUAUUGGCUCUAUGCACACUCACUGGACUUUACCCACACACUCACAAAUACUACACUGACAUUCUAAAACACACACACACUACAUAUGCUCACACACACAAAACACACACACACACAUGCAUGUUGACGCCACUCACACAGACACACUUUCACACUCUUCACAUACUCGGUUGCUACUCUGUUUAUUAUCUAUCCUGAUCAGGGCCUAAAAUUAACACCUGCCAAAUGCGGGUAGAUUUUGACAUUGGCGGGUAAGAUGUCUAUUUCACCAGCCACGUUGGCGGGUGAUCAGGGCUCCAGUGCGAGAAUUUCACUCGCAUUUGUGAAUAAAAAUAGGAAAGUAUGAUCACAUUUAUAGCAAAAUAAAUGGUGCAGUAGCUGUUUUCAAUGUAUUUCUGCCGUUUUGUUUCAUAGCUGGUAAAUUAAUCGGAUAAAGUCAAAGAACUAUGAAACCUACAAUAGCCAAUCCCACCUCGCGCUGCAACACUGUCUGGCUUGGGGCUGUGCGCAGGAAUAAAAGUUGGUCUAAUUUACUUGAAACAAAAGUCUACUUUAGUGAGACUUUGUCCUCGUGUUUCUUGGCUAUUUACCUUGUUUUGUUCCCAAGCUAGGUUGUUUUUCAAUGUUUGAGUUUAAACUGUUACAAAAAGAAGGCAACCCAGCUACUAGUCAGACUCAAUCUCACUGUAACCUCCUGCACUUAAAGGGGCAGGCAACAUUUUUUGUCUCAUCUGUGAUCUUUUGGUUAAAAGACUCGGGUCACAAAAUGAAAUUAAACAAUAUACCACAUUACUUCUUACUACAUAGUAAUACAUUUAUUGUUUUAGAAACAUUACAAAGCCUGUUCAUCUUGUUUUGUUGGUGUAAUGUUAGGGGGAAAGUAUUUUGGCUGGUAAAAAAAUCUGUGGCUGGUGGACCAAAAAGUAAAUUUUAGGCCUUGUUCCUGAUUGCCUUGUCACCUUUACCCUACCUACAUGUACAACUACCUCGUACCCCUGCACAUUGACUCGGUACCGGUACUCCUUGUAUAUAGCCUCGUUAUUGUUAGUUUAUUGUGUUACUAUUUUCUUACUUUUUAACUCUGCAUUGUUGGGAAAGGGCUCUUAAGUAAGCAUUUCACGGUCAAGUCUACUACACCUGUUGUAUUCGGCGCAUGUGACAAAUACAAUUUUAUUUUAUUUGGUACAGCACAGUGAGCAGUAAUAAAGUUAGACGACCAUAAUAAGGCCUUACACAAGGUUGAUGUAAACAGUGGUUGAGUGUACAUGAACUGUACCACAUCCUGAUUAUACCCAGGGCCAUGUUCAGUACCAAAACAUUCUCGAACGUGGCAGAUAGAAAUUCCACAAAUGGAGCCGACGUGAUUCCUUAUUCUACAUGUCAGAUAUGCAUGUUUUUUCUACAUAGCAUAUAUGUUUUUAUUUAAAAUGUUUACCCCCUUUUUCUCCCCAAUUUCGUGAUAUCCAAUUGCGAUCCAAUCACGAUCUUGUCUCAUCGCUGCAACUCCCCAUGGGCUCGGGAGAGGCGACGGUCGAGUCAUGCAUCCUCUAGAACAUGACCCGCCAAGCCAUGCUUCUUAACACCCGCUCGCUUAACCCGGAAGCCAGCUGCACCAAUGUGUCAGAGGAAACACCGGUCAACUGACGACCGAAGUCAGCCUGCAGGUGCCUGGCCCGCCACAAGGAGUCGCUAGAGCACAAUGAGCCAAGUAAAGCCCCCCCCGGCCAAACCCUCCCCUAACCCGGACGAUGCUGGGCCAAUUGUGCGACGCCCUAUGGGACUCCCGGUCACGGCCGGUUGUGACAGCCUGAGAUCGAACCCCAGGCUGUAGUGACGCCGCAACACUGCGAUGCAGUGCCUUAGACCACUGUGCCACUCGGGAGGCCUACAUGGCAUAUUUCUAUAUGAACGUUCCAAAAUGUUGCGUCCUACUGAACGCGCCCCCAGGCCUAUACCUUCAGUAGAGAAUAGCCUAUAUAAUUUAUAAAGUGUCAGGCUACAUAAGAUUGGAUGCUGUUGUGAGAGCCAGUUCAGAAGUUCUGAAUGUAAGGCACUCAUCAGAUCUCCCCAAAUCAGAAGAGACCUGUUCCAAAUAUAUAGGCUCCGUACUGGUUUAUGGGAAUAGCUGCACUUAGACAGUGUCUUCACACCUUGUUGAUGUUGUAACAUUACAUCAGGUUUCUCUGUCUGUUGUGUGUUUGCCAUGUUUUAUCUGGUUGUACUAGCUAGGCUCAGUAGGCUGUCUUUAACCUUAGGCUGUGUCAGUUGGUCCUAGGUUAUGUCCCAAAUGGCACCCUAUUCCCUAUGGGCCCUGGUCAGAAGUAGGGAAUAGGGUGCCAUUUGGGACUAAUGCUGCGUUGGCAUGUCCGACCAGGCUAUGACUGAGUCACUGCCGGCUCAGCCCAGACUCAGAGAAAUGGAAACUCUGCUCUCAAUAGUUGAUCUAGAUUCUAGAGCUACACAAGUAUUUUGGCUCCUCAGCAAGAACAAGAAGCAUUCAAUGCAGGCAUAGUAGGCCUAUCUCUGUGGUCUGUACAGUUGUUGCCUGGCCCUGAGCACAUUGGAAUGGCCUAUAUGGAGGGGGGAGAGAAUUCCCAGCAGAUGUAUCAGAAAUGUUUGAAUGUUAUUCACAGGAAAGAAACUUAGCAAUUAGGCCUAGGUUUAAUAAAAGUUGUAGUUACUUUGCAAGCUUUGUGUGUGGGAGUUUCUUUCCUUGAAUAACAUAAUCUCCUAAAGGCCUAGCUAUUGGUCUAAUCCCCAUCUUCUCCUUCCCAAUCAGCUUUGCACAUAUUUCCUAUUCACCUGUUCUAUACUAGGCUAUACCCAUGAAGCUGUUUUUGUUGUUCAGGAACAUGUGUCUGUGCAGCUGAACGUUUGCACAUAUUUCGUGUGCAUCUGCUCUAGUAGUAGUAACUUUGUCUUGGUGGGGUAGCUCAGAGAGUCUUUUCUCUAUUCUAUCCAUUCUGCUCUAUACAAGGAGGCUAGCCUAUAUUCUAGUCUGGCCCUGACCAGACUCCGGAGCCAGCUCACUUUGAAUGGCGUGGUAUGGAUGCUCAGGCUAGCUAUAGGCAUAGCCCUAUGGCUGCGGCCACAUAAUUUUUUGUCUGAAAAUUCCUGAUUGUACCAAUGGGUUUCAAAUGCGAGUCCUCCUUUGACAGAUGUUGGUAAACAGAGUUGAUAGUCUGUCAAACACACUAGGCCUUUGUCAGCCUUUUUUGCAUAUGCAGCUCGUCCGAAAAUAGUUGCGUUGAAAUCAACUUUUGAUGGACAAAAACAGACAAUUGUUGAAUGCAUAUAUGAUUUAAUCCGCGUUCAUGCGUCUCUUUGUGGCUGUAGCCUAAAGCUGUUCUUCUCUUAUAGGUACAUGCGGUUGUACGGCAGGAAGUUCAGCAAGGAGGACCAUGUGCUGUUCAUCAAGCUGCUGUACGAGCUGAUCACCAUCGACAAGCUGGAGAUCAGUAUGAUGCAAGGCCUCGCCCGGCUACUCAUCAACCUCCUCAAGUAAGACCACGGGCUACACACACGGUCACGCCUCCAAACACACACGGUCACGCCUCCAAACACACACGGUCACGCCUCCAAACACACACGGUCACGCCUCCAAACACACACGGUCACGCCUCCAAACACACACGGUCACGCCUCCAAACACACACGGUCACGCAUCCAAGCACACACGGUCACGCCGCCAAACGCACACGGUCACGCCUCCAAACGCACACGGUCACGCCUCCAAACGCACACGGUCACGCCUCCAAACGCACACGGUCACGCCUCCAAACGCACACGGCCAUGCCUCCAAACGCACACGGUCACGCCUCCAAACACACACGGUCACGCCUCCAAACACACACGGUCACGCCUCCAAACACACACGGUCACGCCUCCAAACACACACGGUCACGCCUCCAAACGCACACGGUCACGCCUCCAAACACGCCUCCAAACGCACACGGUCACGCCUCCAAACACACACGGUCACGCAUCCAAACACACACAUCCAUAAGCUGGAGAUCAGCAUGAUGCAAGGCCUCGCCCACCUCAUCAAUCAAUGUCACAUUAUAGGACUCUAAACAGCCUCCUGUGUGGCUCAGUUGGUAGAUCAUCGCGCUUGCAACGCCAGGGUUGUGGGUUCGAUUCUCACGGGGGACCAGUAUGAAAAAUGUAUGCACUCCCUACUGUAAGUCGCUCUGAAGUCGCUCUGGAUAAGAGCAUCUGCUAAAUGACAAAAAUGUCAAUGUAUAAUUUAUUUUCUUGGUUUGUCAGUGACUGAUUGGUCUACUGAUUUCCUCAUUGUGUGCGAAGCUCAAGUGUCACUCACGUUUCAGAGUUGAAAUACUCUCCAUAAAUUGAACCCUUCACUCACCUAAUUGUGUGAAGCUCUUUGAGGCAAGGGUGACAUGAUCGUUUAAAUGAAGUCCUUUUACAUAUGUUAACCCCACCUACUCUAUUUCUAACAGGAAAAGAGAGCUGCUGUCGCGGGAGGACCUUGAGUUGCCUUGGAGACCCCUGUACGAGCUGCAAGACAGGAUCCUCUACUCAAAGACUGAACACCUGGGCCUAAACUGGUUCCCCAAGUAUGCCCCUCUUCUCUUUUACCAGCACGGUUAAAAACAGAUUUUUUGGUUUUUAAGAACUGCAUAUUGACACAUUGAAACCAACCUACUCAGCUGUAAAACCUUAAAGGUAAAGUCUGUGUUAUGACAUCAUCAUACACUGCGGGGUGACAUACAAUGACAUACAUAAAUCGUCCAAGACUGCCACUAUUGGUUCUUCCCGUUUUGAGCCCUCCCUUGAUGCAUGCUGGGAAGGUUCUAAAAGCAGGAAGGUGGCGGUGCCCCGCUUCGCACGAUGAUGUAAUAUCGAUGAGUCUACCUUUUUAAUGUUUUUUUUAUGGAGCUGACUCCUGAAUCUCUAGGGGUGUUAUAAAUGGGUUUAUUGUGAAAAACAUUGCUCUAUUCUGUUGGUAUCUGUUGGCGAUGUAUUGGUACUGCCUAUUGCUAUGGUACUGCCUAAUACAGUUCAGCACACAGUUCAGUUUCCCUUCUCCCCCCUCCUUUCUUACAUGUACAUAUUUUCUCUGUUAUCCCUGCCCCCUGUUGUUGCCUAGGCUAAUUUCUGAAAGUGGAAAAAUCUGUACCUCCACCUACCCCCAACAGAACCUCAGGUGGCAUAUAGCCCAAGAGCCCCAUUCCCUGGUCAACACUAGCUUCCACAGCUACAAAGUUGUAAACCCCGCCUAUUUCUAUAAUUUAUCUUCUUAAAAUGUGAUUUUAAACCUAACCCUAACUUAACCACACUGCUAACCUUGUGCUUAACCCUAACCUUAAAUUAAGACCAAAAAGCAAAUGUUCAUACAUUUUUACGAUAUAUCCAAUUUUGACUUUGUGGCUGUGGAAUCUAGUGGAAACCCACUCCCCUCCCACCCCUUUUUUUCCCAGCAAGCAGUGCGAGGUGCUCUUGUAUGGUUCUAUGGGAACAUUGUGUGUCACAACAAAGACUUGCUAGCACAUAAGUAAUCGGCUCUCUCACCAAGGGGAAGCAAACUGCCACGGUUUACUGAUGCUUGGCCCUUCUUUGUUUUUAAAGAAAACGAGCCGUGAAAAAAAAACAGAUCAGAAAAUGUGCAAUGCCGCUGCUGCAGUACAAAAAAAGGUGUUAUCAUUUUUUUCUGAUGUAUUUAAUUGAUAUUGAAGUGGCUUUUCAUAGUGUGGAUCUGAAUGUGUUUUAAUGCCUUUGUCUCCUCUCACAUUCAGUUCCCUACGGCCUCGUGCUUCCUCUAAACACGUAAUGAUAAAAUUGUUUCAGAGGUGGUAAGGACAACACUACUCUUUUGUGUAUUUUUUUUUUAUUGAAUCCUUUUAUUGAGGCACUCUUUGAUUUAAAUUUUUCCAUGUUGCAUGUUGAAAACCAAAAAGCAUACUGGACACCCCCACGCAGCUUGUUUGACAUAAAAUCAACUACAAAUCAACCAAAAAGCAAUGUUAACAUUUCACUCAUAUUGGAGACUGUCGCACUGCAUCUAUCUGGACUCUGUACCCCCCUAUAUCCCCCUCCCCCUUUCUUUGUCAAGUCCCAUAUGAUUUGGUGGAUUGACCCACUCUGUCAGCACUGGAGGUUUUGCAGCAGUACCUCCUAGAGUAGCCUAGCCCAUUCUGAAGUCACCUGUUUCUAAACGGCCAUGAUGGGUAACAUCUUUGUGGUACAAAAGAGCACAGAUCUGUGCAAAAUAUGCCUCCUUAUAAUGCAUAUGGUUGAGUGUCGGGGCCGUUGGUAAUGGUGUUCUGGUCAUGCUGCUUUGUAUUUGUAUUUCAGUGCAUUAAUUUGGUGAUUGUCAGUGUGGUCUGUCUGUGGGAAGUAGGCCUAUAAGGGCACUUUAGUUAGUGUGCAUUCUUUCACUACUUCCCACACAUUUAAAAGCAUUGUAUUUGUGUUGGAAUGGGCUAGAGGGAGUUUCCAUAUAGGCCUAGCAGUCAUUUCCUUUGAAGUCCAUGAAGGGAAGUGAACAAGUGCACAUUUGGGAGAAAGGAGAGAUUAGGCUAUUAUUGGGACACAACCUAACUCACUCAAGCCCUGAGAUGCAAAGCCAAGAGCCCUUGGCAGAAGUCACUUAUGUUGAAUUAAAGCAAUGCAAUCAGGUUGAUUUGAAAAAUACUUAAAUGGAACAGAGCUUAGAGCGCGGUUGAAUGGGAUAGAGGGGCAGUUUAGAACGCAUGGCUUGAGCUCAGCAUGCGUGUGAGUGGAGGGGAAGACAGGGGGAUUGAGCGUGUUUGAGCUCAACGGCUGGGGUUAUAUUGGUCCUCAGCUAAAUCUUUUGAUACUGUUAGUUAUGUGACACUGAGUUGAGUGACAUGAGUUUAACCUUUUCUAUAAGCCAUUAUAUGCAGAGAGGCCCCAUUGUAACUGUGCCAAAAUAAAAGUAACCAAACAAAAGCCGCUAACAGCAGUCAGAAAUACUGUAAUGUAGGCCUAGUAUUGGUUGUAUUAUUUAGGCACCAAACAGAAGAAAAUGGACAAUGGCAGUGAGAAAUGCUCAUUUCAAGGGACUACUUGAACUUGUCCAGACCGCUUUCCGUUGGAAAACCUUUUCCGUUGCAUUCCCUACUGAUUACUGUUUAGUCAGGUUAGGUGAUAAAAAGCCUCAAACAAUAGGCAGAUACCCUCGGCCAAAGGGCAACUCUCUCCACUGUCAAGGUCAGCAUUCAUUACAAGUAAUAAAGGCUAGUCCUACUGUUUACAUAAAGCAUCAGGCCUCGUCUACAUAAAGCAUCAGGCCUCGUCUUUUUCCCUCAUAGACAGUUCCCUAAGCCCAAUAAAAGGCCUCAUACUGAUGAUUAAGAAUGAACAGAGUAAAUCUGUUAAUCAAUUACCAUUCAUGUGUUGCUGUUACACUGCUGGCCCAUAGCCAUCCAGGACAAAGGUUGAACGGCCCUGGAAUAGUCACAUUGUUCUAGUCAAUUACUUUAGUUCUGUUGAUGUUUCUGUAGUCCUUUUGUCAUGCUAUGCCAGUUUGUGUCCCCGAUUCCCUUGCUCUAUGUAUGUACACACCCGCCCCACACAUCCCUUACUUCUGAUCAGUGUUUGAGUUGAUCCGGUACAUACACUUGUCUCUCUACUGCUUGAUUACAGGCACCAUAAUAUUUGCUCUAUAAUAUAUGAAUAUUACUUGAAAUGAGCACCACACCCUAAAUGAGUACAGAGCCAGCACUUUUCUCACUACACUUGAUGAGCACACUAUAUAAGCAGAAUUUAAAUGUGAGUUAUUUGGCUGUACCUGCAUUGUCAGUCAUCCUUGUCCUAAUUGCAUUGGUGUGUUCAGUGUGCUCAUUGUUUGAUUUAACAGUCACCUUUGCACAUCUGUCUCUGUUCUGAUGUCUCAUCUCUCUUUCUAUCUUUCCCUCUCUCUUUCUCUCUCCUCCCUCUCUCUGUUUCCAGCUCGGUGGAAAACGUGUUGAAAACACUUGUGAAAAGCUGCAGACCGUAAGUAUAUAUUUAUACAUUUUUUAAAGUAUAUGUAUAAUUUUUGUAAGAAUUCAGUUGCUGAGCUCAAGGUUGGAUUUAGGCCUACUGCACAUUUUAGUGGCCUUUUAUUGAUUCCAGCACAAGGUGCACCUGUGUAAUGAUCAUGCUGUUUAAUCAGCGUCUUGAUAUGCCACAGCUGUCAGGUGGAUGGAUUAUCUUGGCAAAAUAGAAAUGUUCACUAACAGGGAUGUAAACAAAUUUGUGCACAACAUUUUAGAGACAAGCUUUUUGUGCGUACUACACAUUUCUGGGAUCUUUUAUUUCAGCUCAUGAAACUUGGGACCAACACUUUACAUGUUGCGUAUAUAUAUGUUCUGUUCAGUGUAGAAUAGAAGAUAUUCUAUUUAUUUUAGUUGUUCUACCAACAUAUUGUUCAAUGUGAAAAAAAUAAAGCCCAUUGUUUAUUCUGUGACUAGCUAAUACGCAUUCUUUUUUUUUUUGCUGUGGUAUCAUUUCAGUAUAGAGUAUCAUUUCAGUAUAGAGUAUCGUGACACUAAACCUGGUAUCGAAGUCCAAAAUCUGGUAACGUGACAACACUUGUGAAAUUAUCACAAAACAUAUUGCAAGGCAAGAUACAGAUUUACCAAGACAUACAGUGCUAUGAAAAAGUAUUUGCCCCCUUUCUAAUUUUCUCUACUUUUGCAUAUUUGUGAUACUGAACGUUAUCAGAUCUUCAACCAAAACCUAAUAUUAGAUAAAGGGAACAUAAGUGAACAAAUAACACAACAAUUACAUAUUUAUUUCAUAAACAAAGUUAUGCAACACCCAAUUCCCCUGUGUGAAGAAGUAAUUGCCCCCUUACACUCAAUAACUGGUUGUGCCACCUUUAGCUACAAUGACUCCAACCAAAUGCUUCCUGUAGUUGUUGAUCAGUCUCUCACGUCGCUGUGGAGGAAUUUUGGCCCACUCUUCCAUGCAGAACUGCUUUAACUCAGUGACGUGUGGGUUUUCAAGCAUGAACUGCUCGUUUCAAGUCCUGCCACAACAUCUCAGUUGGGAUUAGGUCUGGACUUUGACUAGGCCAUUCCAAAACUUCCAAUUUGUUGCUUUUUAGAAAUUUUCAUGUAGACUUCAUUGUGUGUUUUGGAGCAUUGUCUUGCUGCUUGACCCAGCUGCGCUUCAGCUCACAGACGGAUGGUCUGACAUUCUCCUGUAGAAUUCUCUGAUACAGAGCAGAAUUCAUGGUUCCUUCUAUUAAGGCAAGUCGUCCAGGUCCUGAGGCAGCAAAGCAUCCCCAAACCAUCACACCACCACCACCAUGCUUGACCUUUGGUAUGAUGUUCUUACUGUGGAAUGCAGAGUUUGGAUUUCGCCAGGCAUUACUGGAACCAUGUCGUCCAAAAAGUUAAACUUUUGAAUCAUCUGUCCAUAGAACGUUCUUCCAAGAGUCUUGAUGAUCAUCCAGGUGCUUUUUGGCAAACUUGAGUCAACUAUUUGGACGAGAUGGGUCCCAUUAUGCCUGGCGAAAACCAAACACUGCAUUGAGAUGUUGUGGCAGGACCUGAAACGAGCAGUUCAUGCUUGAAAACCCAAACGUCACUGAGUUAAAGCAGUUCUGCAUGUAACAGUGGGCCAAAAUUCCUCCACAGCGACGUGAGAGACUGAUCAACAACUACAGGAAGCAUUUGGUUGAAGUCAUUGCAGCUAAAGGUGGCACAAACAGUUAUUGAGUGUAAGGGGGCAAUUACAUGGGGCGGCAGGUAGCUUAGUGGUUAAGAGCAUUGUGCAAGUAACCGAAAGGUCAUUGGUUCUAAUCCCCGAGCCGACUAGGUGAAAAAUCUGUCGAUGUGCCCUUGAGCAAGGCACUAAACCUUAAUUGCUCCUGUAAGUCGCUCUGGAUAAGAGCGUCUGCUAAAUGACUAAUUUAUUUUUUAUUUUAACUUUUUCACACGGGAAUUGGGUGUUGCAUAACUUUGUUUAUGAAAUAAAUAUGUGAUUGUUGUGUUAUUUGUUCACUUAUGUUCCUUUUAUCUAAUAUUAGGUUUUGGUUGAAGAUCUGAUAACAUUCAGUAUCACAAAUAUGCAAAAGUAGAGAAAAUUAGAAAGGGGGCAAAUACUUUUUCAUAGCACUGUAUGCACACCACAGUUCUUUCUGCCUGCCCCCUCCUCUCUCUCCCUUACCCGGGCAGCAUUGCAUUAGUGGAAAUCAAGACAGUUUCAAGGCAGGUUAUAGCUAGAUAUGUUUGAGUCGUGUCAUCUGGGACAAUUUUAGUAUUUUAGCUAACCCUUUCCUAACCUUAACCAAAUUCUCCUAACCUGCCGUGUUAAUUAUCCUAACCUGCUGUACAUGUCCUCCAAUCCUGCUACGAAAAGUUACUUCUGCUAGUCAAAACCGGCAGACCUGCCCUGAGAACAAUCUUGGUUUCCACUAAUGCGAUAGAGCCUCGCGCUGGCUCGCCUGUUCUUUCUCUUCGCUAAUGAUGCGAGUGUGUGUUCAGGCUUCGGUCUGUUGUGUGUAGAAUAUCCUAGCCUAUUCAUUGAAGAUAGGCCCUGCUUUACUGAAGUUGUGAGAUAUUGCAAGCCAAGAAAUUGCGAGAUAGAGCUUUUGAUUGCCGAUAGAAAGGACUAGUGCAUGGUUCUGACUGUCUGCCUGGUAGCCGACCUGCCUAUACUGUGCCCCUCCCCUAUCUUUCCGUCCCUCGCUAGCUCACUAUAAAAGAUGCAAGUGUUUGUUCUCGGAAUUGCGGCAACAAAUCAGUCUCUGUUCCAAAAUUCCUGAUGCUUACACAUGGCCUGUUAACCAAUUGUGUUUACUUCAUCACUCCUGCCAUUGAAUGAUAGACCUUGAGUAGAGAUGCAGACAGAGCCAAGUGUCUACUCUGGAUUAAAUAAGACACAUUCUGUGAAACUGAACUGUCAGGAAGAAUUCUCCCUUUGGGAAUUAGUUUAGGCAUAUUGACUGACAAUUUGUGAAUGUCAUAAUGGAUAGUUCCAUCCCUGGAUGCUAAGCAAGGCUAGGUUUGUGUGUACACGCGUGUGUCGAGAAGCUUAGUCACUUAGUGAGUCCUUGAGUUGCUAGUGUACCGACUAGUUGGUUAAUAAUCCUAUUAAAUCUAAUUCUGGUCUGGGAGAGAGUUUCCUGUUACUGUGAGCAGAGAAAACAGGGAGAGGGACGGAGGGAGAGCGAGAGAAGGACGGAGGGAGAGCGAGAGGGGGGCGGAGGGAGAGCGAGAGGGGGGCGGAGGGAGAGCGAGAGGGGGGCGGAGGGAGAGCGAGAGGGGGGCGGAGGGAGAGCGAGAGGGGGGCGGAGGGAGAGCGAGAGGGGGGCGGAGGGAGAGCGAGAGGGGGGCGGAGGGAGAGCGAGAGGGGGGCGGUUAAGGCGAGGGAGAGUGAGAGGUUGAGGUGGAGAGUUUAAACCCUGCACAACUGCUCUUCUGAGGUUGAAGUGCUGUUGCAAUUGUGUUCACACACGCCUUCUCAUGAUCUGAUUACAUUAGCUAAACUGAUGCUGUUUUAUAUAAACAAACACCAGUUUAACUGCCAUUGUUUCAUAUACUGUGUACAAAUUGAAUGCUAAUGCCAUAGCAGCGAAAAUAAAAAUGAUAUUAUAAGGAAUCUAUUUCUGUCUGCCAGCCAUUGGUUUGUGACAAUUGUCUGGUCUACGUGCAUGUUGCACUUUGCAUGUCUUGGGGUGGGAUGCUGUGAGGUCAGUUAUUUAUGAAAUGGUCAAUUCAUUAUUUGUGAUGAUUCUGCAGGUGUUUAAACAUAACUAUUGCCAUAUGCUCAUCACAUAUUGUUGAUCCUUGGCAAGUGGAAAUAAAUUAAUAUAGAAAUUGUCUUCAGUUUGUAGGCAUAUGGCUCAUACACAUUACACCAAACAGUAGCUCAAUGAAUAAUAUAAUUGUUUUAUUCUUCAGGUACUUCCCGGAGUCGGCCACCCAGGAGAUGUUGGAGGAGUGGCGUCCACUGCUCUGUCCGUUUGAUGUGACCAUGCAGAGAGCUAUAGGAUACUUUGAGCUCUUCCUCCCCACCACCCUACCCCCAGAGCUGCACCACAAGGGCUUCAAGUGAGAACACAUACACACACGCACACAUAUACACACACAGCUCUGCCACCUCAUAGGGUUGCAAAGUUAUGGAAACUUUCCCAAAGUUCCCAAGUUUUUCAGUAAUCCCAGUUGGAGGAUUCCCUUACUGCUUAUUCCCUCAGGAUUACAGGAACGUUUCCGGAAUUGUUCAACUCUACGAAAUCCCAAAAUGUUACCCCCAAAACACUAUCACAAUUGUUAUUCUCUAAUGAAAGGCAAGGUAAUAUCUUGAGCACAGUGUAACUGCCGCACAUAUGAGAUUUGUGUGUGUAGCAUAGCAAGUAUGGUGUUUGACAGACUGUUUUAUGUUCACCAGGUUGUGGUUUGACGAGCUCAUCAGCUUGUGGGUGGCAGUACAGAACCUUCCAGGUUGGGAGGUGGUAAGUUAGACAGCGUUCACUUGAUUGACACACUGAUGGGUGUGUGUGGUAGUAUUAGCUUGGUGCCAGAUCUGUUUGUGCUGUCUUGGCAAGUUGGCAAGACUGCAGGAACAGAUCUGGCACCAGGCUAUUGUAGUACAGUUUCCAACGUUACUUUUGAUAGAAACAGAAGACGUUGAACCAUUCGCUAGCUAUUCCUCAAUGAAUGUUUUCCUUAUUCCUUUAUUUGGUUUGUUUACCCAGCAUCUUGUCAACCUGUUUGCCCGCUUGGCCAACGACAACAUUGGCUACAUUGACUGGGAUCCUUAUAUACCGAAGGUAAGGACAAUCCUCCAUCAAUAACAUUUGUCUAGCUGUGCCUGUAAAACUACCCCAUCAACUCCACGCUACGCCAUUGGUCUCUUCCAGCAGGUCCCAAUUCACUCCCUACCCCUUCCCCUUGGCCUUAAAAAAAACGUUACUUCCUGAUUUGGCCUCGUUUUUCAUCAAUGCUCAUCAAGAAAUGCUAGUGGCCAUCACAGAAGGCAAACAAGAGUUGUCUUGGGGGUGUGGUUUGAUGUGGGUGUUUCUUGGGUGUGUCUUUGCCAUUCAAUCACAACAAACAAGGACAGUAGCUUGCCAGUUCGAGUUUAAACAUUAUUGAAAGAAAGCUGGCAACAUGCAUCAAACAUGUCAGGUUUACUUGAUUAUGAGCUAGCUAGCUAACGUUAGCUAGCAGGGAUCAAACCUGUCUUCAGGUGCAACGUUAGCUAUUCAAAUCUUCCUCUCACGUUACACAUUAGGGAGAGGCUAUGUAUUCAGCUAGUUACAUCACAUUAUCAUAGCCUAGUAUCAUAGUGGCAUAGCCUAUCAAAUAAUGACAUGUAGCUAGCUAGCUCCCCAAAAAAUGUUGCUACUUAGAAGUAGAAGAUGGUCCAUGCAAAGCGAACUCGCCCAGUCUUUUCCCAGAAAACACAGUGCCACCACAUGUUAAUAGGCAAAAGUAGAUAUGAAUUGUUGACAUAAUUGUAAUCCAAACCCAACCUUCAUUUGUCCGUUGUGAUGCACUAGGGUUCCAAACUCUGUUUUAGAUGAGACUGACUUUAUGACCAAAAUUAUCCUAUUUACACUUUGUAGUCAAUUUUGACACUAGAAUAAAUGUUUCUGACCCAUAUCGAUGCCACAUAGGACGUUUUCAAAGGGGUUAGUUGGUUUUAGGGGCAGUCGUUCUUUAACACUUCCAUGUUUGCAGAUCUAUAAAGUGUAAGCAAUAGUGUAAGCUCCAGCACUAAACUACUUAAACCUUACCAUACCCUUCAGAUCUGCAAAACAUUGAAGGGGAAGGAGUAGUGAGCCAGUUUGGAUCGGCUGAGAGUGUAACAUGCGAAAAUCUUACCCCUGAUAAUUUGACCUUUGGUUGUUGGUGUGCAUGUUAUAGCAGACUAGACAUGACCAGACAGUCAUUGAAGGUGAUGCCUGUUAGUGGCACUAACUACUGUAUCACUUUUCCCUGUUGAUCCUCCUGGCUUGUCUUUUGGCAUGUUUUGAUACAGAUUACAUUACUGUUAUCUGACUUAAUUAUGCCAACAGGCCCUGAUCUCAAAUGUGAUGUAAUGAAAUGGUUGCCAAUUCCAGUCCUUGAGUAUCCCCAACAAUUCACAUUUUUAUUGGAGCCCCGGAGAAGCACACCUGAUUCUUGUCAACUAAUCAUCAGGCCCUCAGUGAGUUGAAUCAGGUGUUUUUUGUCCAGGGAUAAAAUAAAAAUGUGUGCUGUUGGGGGUACUCGAUGACUGGCGUUGGGAACCCCUGCAUUGGAAAAUACAUUCAGUGAGUUAAUGAUAAAGUAUUCAUUUUCACACGGAUUGCUCCUUUUUGAUUCCAGAUCUUCACUAGAAUCCUACGUAGUCUGAAUCUCCCGGUGGGGACCAGUCAGAUGCUGGUUCCCAGAUACCUGACAAACGCCUACGAUGUCGGGCACGUGGUCCUCUGGGUCUCCGCUUUACUGGUCAGUCACUGUUCACAAUCUGUGUUGCCCAAUCAAUCCUUUUGAUAUCUCCAAGUUUAUUUCAAUUUGUUCAUGUAUAAUUGGCUGAUGGAAAUUAAUUACAUUAUUUUUAGAGGGGAAAAAAUACUGUAAUCAUACAUUGUGAUACCAUUAAGCCCUGGAUUAACAGAGAGUUUGGUGCUAAACUAAAGGAUGAGGCUACCGCACACAGGGAUAUCGUAGACAACCCUGAAGCUACGGCUGAGGACAUGAACAAGUACAAGAAGUCCCGCUAUGACCUCCAGAGUCAUCAAACGAGCAAAAGGAAUAAGGUGGAAUCAUACUACAGAGGCUCCGACACCUGCUGCAUGUGGCAGAGGCUAUAGUCCAUUACGGAUUACAAAGGAAGUACCAGCCAUGAUCUGCCCAACGGGGGGGGGGAGCACGCCGAGCAUGCCACCAUCCACAUCGAUGGGGCUUCAGUGAAGCGGGUUGAGAGUUUCAAGUUCCUCGCUGUCCAAAUGAUUAAGGACUUGAAAUGGUCCACACACUAGCGCACAGUCGUGAAGAAGGCGGCGACAGCUCCUCUUCCCCCUCAGGAGGUUGAAAAGGUUUGGCAUGGGCCCUCAAAUCCUCCAUGUUAUACAGCUGUACCUUUUGAUAGCAUCUUGACUGGCUGCAUCACUGCCUGGUAUGGCAAUAGGACCGCCCUUCAUCGCAUGGCACUACAGAGGGUGGUGCAGACAGUCCAGUACAUCACUGGGGCCGAGCUCCCUGCCAUCCAGGACCUCUAUCUCUCUGCUUCCGCACAGCAAGCGGUACCGGUGCAUCAAGUCUGACAGCAACAGGCUCCUGAAUAGCUUCUAUCCCCAAGCCAGAAGACCGCAAUAACAAAAUGGCUACACGGACUAUCUGAAUUGACCCUUGUAUUUAUUGUUUAUUUUUUAUGCAUACUCACAGGGCCCUACACACUCACGCACACUGACACUCUAACACACACUCACUUCAUAAUUUGCUCACACACACCAUAAUAUACACAUACAUUUAUAGUGAUUCUACACACCCACUCACAUACAAUGAUCAUAUACGCUGCUGCUACUCUGGUCAUCAUAUAUCCUGAUGCCUAGUCACCUUACCUCUAUACUGUACAUAUCUACCUCUAUCACUCCAGUAUCCCUGCACAUUGUAAAUAUGGUACUGGAACUGACCCUGUAUAUGGUAUAUGCUUACUUACCUUAUCGUGGUCUUCUAAUUUUUUUCUACCUUAAGUUAUUUUUAGUAUUACAUUGUUAUUGAUUACUGCAUUAUUGGGGUUAGAGCUUGCAAGAAAGGCAUUUCACUGUACGUGUGCACGUGCCAUAAAAAUACUUGAAACAUAACAAGACUCAAUAGUACCCCUAAAUAAGGUUAAGGAAAAGAACAAUGGAAUUCUAUAUAUUUUAGUUGUUAAGCAUCUGUUUCUGUGAUUGCAGGGAGGCCCCACUAAGCAAGCCCAGGCACAGCUCAGUGGCCUUUUCAACAGCAUCACAUCUUUCUUCCACCCAUCCAACCAUGGACGCUGGCUGGUGAGUCACUGGAACUCUCACUUCCUGUGGAUGCCUUCUUGGAAGGCACAGGAUCUACAUUUACUUUGACAUUUUAGCCAUUUAGCAGACGCUCUUAUCCAGAGUGACUUACAGUAGUAAGUGCAUACAUUUUCAUACUUUUUCGUACUGGUCCCCCGUGGGAAUCAAACCCACAACCCUGGCAUUGCAAGCGCCAUGCUCAACCAACUGAGCCAUACGGGACCUACAAUGAUCUACAAUGUUUACCCAGACAAGCACCCCAUUCCCAUAACAAACCUUUGGUUGCACAGGCAUACCUGCAUACUCAACCAUAGUCAAAGCGAGCAGCUCUCUGUCUGUCCCCAAUAAUUUGAACGUGCCCAAUAUAAGCUUCCCUAGGCUUCCUAGCAGGUUCCUCUCCAAGCUCAGGGGUGUGUGUGUACAUACCACUAGUUCAGAAAUAACAGCCUGAUGACAUAUGUGAGAGAGGCAGCAACCAGCCGUGCUAUAAAAGGUUAGCCUGAUAUCCAGGGCACAUGCCAUUCUGUUCUAGGAACAUCCCCCCCCCCCUCCGUCAUCAGACCAGAGCCUCCGGCUAGUCAUACACAAACCUUUAUUUAUGGGUAAGGGACACAGACCUGGGUUCAAAUACCAUUACAACUACUAAACCUGGGCUCAAUUGAGCUUGUCUGAAGCAAUGGAACCAAUAGAAUGCUCAUAAAAGUGCACACCCUGCUCAUCCGGCACUCCAGCUAAAGUGAACGCUAAAAGUAUUUGAAAGAUUUCAAAUAGUAUUUGAACCCAGGUCUGGACGGAGAGUUGUGUUUGUGACCCUGUUCUGUUGCUGGGAAACCCCAGCAAUUCAUGAGAUGCUCUCCUGACCCCUCAGCUGUUGAAGUUCUAUUGCAAAGUAGGUGAAUGUCAACAGACAACCUCACGUUCUUGUGACCGGUGUCCAAUAUGAGGGUACCAUGAGUCCUGGGUCGGCUAAAGUCAGCUAGUAAAAGUUGUAAUCGUCAUCACUGACGUGACAUAGAAAGACACAUGAUUUCUUUAAAUUCCUGUGUCAAUUUUACAUUCCUGUGUCAUGUACCUGUCUCUCUGUCCUCCCACCUGUCUCCCAGCCAGUGUCUCUCUAACCUUGUCUGUCACUCUGUCUUCAUGUCCUUACCCGUCUCUGUCUCUCUGUCCCCAGAUGAAGUUGAUGAAGCUGCUGCAGCGCCUCCCGGCCAGCGUGGUGCGCCGGCUCCACCGGGAGCGCUACCGGAAACCCACGUGGCUCACGCCGGUACCGGACAGCCACAAGAUGACGGAGGCAGACAUCACGGCAUUCGUGGAGAGUAUGAUGCAGCCGGUGCUACUGGCCAUGUUCAGUAAGACGGGCAGUCUGGACGCUGCUCAGGCCCUGCAGAACCUGGCCCUCAUGAGGCCCGAACUCGUCAUACCACCAGUGCUGGAGAAGUGAGUCAAAUCAAGCCGUCUGUCUGAGAAGUGGAUUGGCAGUGUUUCCUCUAUCAUUGUAUAGAUGGGGCGGGGCCCCACUAGAUCUGUUGACCCUCAAUGCCUAAAGCCUUCAGUCUUCAGUUGAUUUCUAUUUGACUUUGAGCUUUAGAGGCCCUGAAUAUUAAAUCGGGACCUGUGUGCACCGCCAGGAAAAUAGGCUAAUCUAUGGGAGACACUGGGUAGAGUUUACAAAUGGAAGAACUGGAAUGGGAGGUUCUGUAUUCCAAGAGGCAUAUUAACUAAAGUUCUAAGGCAAAUAUAGCCAAAAUAUCAUAGCACAAUAUUUUUGACGGUAUGACAGUAUUUGACAGUAUUUUACGUUUCUCAAUUCUGUCUUGUCCUCCCUUUAUAGAACCUACCCUGCUAUGGAGACACUGACAGAGCCCCACCAGCUGACUGCCACCCUGAGUUGUAUGAUCGGCGUGGCUCGCAGCCUGGUGUCUGGGGGCCAGCGCUUCCCCGAGGGGCCCACACACAUGCUGCCCCUCCUCAUGAGGGCCCUGCCCGGGGUCGACCCCAACGACUUCAGCAAGUGCAUGGUGGGUAAUGGAGUUCAGGGGAAAGAAGAAGCUCUCGUAGGCCUACACUGGGGUUGCUUGGGUACAGAGAUUGUCAUCAAUUUGGAAGUGUGUGUGUGAUUGUGUGUGUGUGUUGCAGGUCUAACUUUUGCUCUCCCUCCUUUCUGCAGAUAACGUUCCAAUUCAUUGCUACGUUUGCGACUCUUGUGCCUUUGGUGGACUGUUCAUCUGCUGUUCAUGAAAGGAGCGACCUGACAGAGGUGGAGAGAGAGAUGUGCUCAGCCUCUGCAGAGUUUGAGGACUUUGUUCUUCAGUUCAUGGACAGGUAUGAGUAUGGAGAACGAAGUCUAUGUACACAAUAUAUACAAAAGUAUGUGGACACUCCUUCAAAUUAGUGGAUUUGGCUAUUUCAGCCACACCCGUUUCUGACAGGUGUAUAAAAUCGAGCACACAGCCAUGCAAUCGCCAUAGACAAACAUUGGCAGUAGAAUGGCCUUACUGAAGAGCUCCGUGACUUUCAACGUGGCACCGUCAUAGGAUGCCACCUUUCCAACAAGUCAGUUCGUCAAAUUUCUGCCCUGCUAGAGCUGCCCCGGUCAACUGUAAGUGCUGUUAUUGUGAAGUGGAAACGUCUAGGAGCGACAACGGCUCAGCCGCGAAGUGGCCUCUGGAAGCAAUGUCAGCAAAAUAACUGUUCGUCUGGAGCUUCACAAAAUGGGUUUCCAUGGCCGAGCAGCCGCACACAAGCCUAAGAUCACCAUGCGCAAUGCCAAGAGUCGGUUGGAGUGGCGUAAAGCUUGCCGUCAUUGGACUCUGGAGCAGUGGAAACGCGUUCUCUGGAGUGAUGAAUCACGCUUCACCAUCUGGCAGUCCGACGGACGAAUCUGGGUUUGGCGGAUGCCAGGAGAAGGCUGCCUGCCCCAAUGCAUAGUGCCAACUGUAAAGUUUGGUGGAGGAAGAAAAAUGGUCUGGGGCUGUUUUUCAUGGUUCGGGCUAGGCCCCUUAAUUCCAGUGAAGGGAAAUCUUAAUGCUACAGCAUACAAUUACAUUCUAGACGAUUCUGUGCUUCCAACUUUUCGGCAACCGUUUGGGGAAGGCCCUUUCUUGUUUCAGCAUGACAAUGCCCCCGUGCACAAAGCGAGGUCCGUGCACAAAGCGAGGUCCGUACAGAAAUGGUUUGUCGAGAUUGGUGUGGAAGAACUUGACUGGCCUGCACAGAGCCCUGACCCGAACCCCAUCGAACACCUUUGGAAUUAAUUGGAACGCCGACUGCGAGCCAGGCCUAAUCGCCAAACAAUCAGUGCAUGACCUCACUAAUGCUCUUGUGGCUGAAUGAAAGCAAGUCCCCGCAGCAAUGUUCCAACAUCUAGUGAAAAGCCUUCCCAGAAUAGUAAAGGCUGUUAUAGCAGCAAAUGGGGACCAACUCCAUAUUAAUGGCCAUGAUUUUGUAAUGAGAUGUUCGACGAGCAGGUGUCCACAUACUUUUGGUUAUGUAGUGAAUGUAGCAUAUGUAUGCAUGCAUUUCAUCAGUGGAACAGCAUAGCAGUUCUAAACUGUCUGCGCGUGUGUCUGGGUCUGUCUCUCUCUCUGUGUGUGUGUGUGUGUGUGUCUCCGUCCAGGUGUUUUGCCCUGAUAGACAGCAGUACUCUGGAGCAGACCAGAGAGGAGACCGAGACAGAGAAGAUGACCCAUCUGGAGAGCCUGGUGGAGCUGGGACUGUCUUCUACCUUCAGUACCAUCCUCACACAGUGCUCCAUAGACAUCUUCAAGGUAGGACGCACACUCACUCACACACACACACACACACACACACACACACACACACACACACACACACUCAACCAUUUCUUUUUUCUGGCUGUACUCAGGUGGCUCUGGAGAAGGUCUUCAACUUUGCCACCACCAACAUCUUUGAGACUCGUGUGGCUGGCAGGAUGGUGGCUGACAUGUGCAGAGCAGCCUCCAAGUGUCACCCGGCACAGUCUCUGAAGCUUUUUGUGCCCCACUGCUGCAAUGCCAUAAACCAGAUCGCUGUCAGUAAGUACUCACUAAGUAGGAAGUGUGUUCUGUUUAAGUGCAGGGCUAUAAAUCAAAAUCUUGAUUUGAUUUGAUCAAUACGAUGCGAUGUGUGUUGAUUUGAUAUGGAGGGCUUAGAGUAGAAGUGGGAAUCAAUGGGUCCUUGUUCUUAGUUGGCCUCUGAGUAUCUCACUAUGUCUGUCACGUUGAUGAUGUUGUUCUUGAUGAUGCUAUUGAUUUCCAGAUGAAGAGGUGUUGAGUGAGGAGGAACUGGAUAAGGAGUUACUAUGGAACCUCCAGCUACUGUCAGAGGUGAGGUCAUCAUCCUGCAUCCAUACUGACUGAGAGACUCUUGUUCCCUUCACCUGUCAGUAGACACCAAACAGGAAAACAUUUUUCAAACGCGGGAGUUACUAACCUAAUGUUGUCUGAUAAGAAAGCUAAUUUUUUUUUUCGCCACAAAAUGUUUGUAUUUUUUUAUUUUCUGUUGUGUGCCCUAAUGAACAGAACACAGGGGGGAGUCUGUAUGUUCUCUCCUAACCCUCCUUCCUUCCUUUCCUUGUCCUCCCCAGGUGACUCGUGUAGACGGGGACAAGAUCCUCCCUUACUGCACCCAGCUGGUUCAGAUCCUGCAGCUGACCCUCCAUCUGAAGUGUAAACAGGGCUACACCCUGGCCUGUAACCUGCUGCAUCAUAUCCUGAGGUCAACAGCCCUCAUCUACCCCACAGAGUACUGCAGUGUUCCAGAAGGCUUUCAGCAGUCCACACAGGACUACCUACCCAUCAAGGUAUUUACAGUGUAUAUGUACAGGGUUAGGGUUAGGGGCACAUGCAGGGUUGGUGAUAGGGGUAACACAUCUAUCUACCCCACAGAGUACUACAGUGUACCAGCUGACUUUCAACAGCCCAUAUAGGACUACCUACCCAUCAAGGUAUCAAGUUCAAAACUUUAGAUUCCUGCCUGCCAAAUUUCUGCUAUUUUCUUUGGUGGGAAUAUAUUUUUAUAACCAGGGGUGCACAUAACUGGUACGCAGGUACGCAAGCGCGACAAAAAUCAGGAAUGCGUAAUGCCACUUGUGUUACUACGCGCCUUUGCGUACUUGACCGAUCUUCUCAUCUAACCUUACACAUGACAUGUUGCUUGUCAACUACUGUCAGGGAUGUCCAAAAAGCAACAGACAUUAAGCAGCUUAUUUGGCAUUACGCCACCUACAAAGAAACGCCAACUGGAGCCAGAGCCGAAGAAAAUAAUUUUUUCGGAGAAGUGGCUCCAAGAUGUGCAGUGGCUUGAAGCUAAAGAUGAGCGCACUGAAAUGUGGUGCAAGAUUUGCCGCUCAAAUCCACAUCUAGCAGACAAAACAGGUGCAUUUUAUAAAGGCUCAAAGAAUUUCAACCAUCCUUUAUUUGACAAACAUGAAAGGAGCAAGGAGCACACGAAUGUGGCGCAAGCCAUUGCUAAACAAGCUAGCCGAGAAGAAAUGUCCACUUGCCAGAUGGCGAGACAAGCUGAAUGAAGAACAGCGGCAAGCUCUGUUUAAUAUUUUUCUCCUCGCCUUCCAUAAAGCUAAACACGCACGUCCCAUGUCUUCCUAUUCUGAGGAUGUUCCUUUACUGAAGCGGCUAGGAGUAAAUGUCGGAGGUGCAUAUCAUUCACGUGAAGGGGGCACACGGAUCAUCCAGAGCAUCGCUCACACCAUCAGCGGGGAGUUACGAGCCAAGUUGCAGUCUGCUGAAUUUUGGGGGCUGCUUUUUGAUGGAUCUGAGGACAUCACAAAAACUGAGCAGGAAAUCGUUUACAUUGUGUCUGUGUCCAGCAACGGAGAGUUUACUUCAGACUUUAUUGGACUGAUUGAAUUGGGUGCUGACCGAACCGCGCAGGCCAUAACAGACGGAAUUGUGAGACUUUUCCAGGACACAGGCUUGGAUGACUGGACAACAAAGUUGGUCGCUGUGUGCACAGACAGGGCUGCUGUUAACGUAGGUAUCUACAACGGCUUUGUGCCAAAACUCCGGCAACUUGCUGCGGUUGGAGACUCCCUUGUGCACAUUCUGUGCACCGCACACACUGGAGAAUUGCGCGAAAUCAGCUGAUCGCAACGUUCCUUACUGUGAGACAUUUAAUCGCUCUGUGGUCAAGCUGCUGCAGUUUUAUUUACAAAAAGGUGGAGCAAAAAAAACUGCUGCACUGAAUAAGCUAUGUGAAGAAAAUGGGAUCUCCUUUGUGAAACUGGGUAAGUUUCAUAAUAUCAGAUGGUCUGCAUGGAGGCAUGAAACACUGUUAAAAAUAUCAAGACUAUUGCCAGCUGUUAAAAUGCAACUGGUUAUGAGUGAUAACAGUGACUUGCAGCAUAUCUGCACAGAGCGUUUUCAGUGCUUUCUGUCAAACAUGCUUGACAUUUGCAACAUUUUGAAGACCACAUCCAUUAGGUUUCAGAAGGAAAAGCUGACCAUUGGAGAAUGUAAGGAUGAACUCAUGGUGGCCAUUGGACAGUUCACACUUCUGCUUGAUGGUGAAAGCCACAGGGCACACACUGUUUCCGAUGCUGACAGAGACAAGACACACUUACUCAGGGGGUUAAUUGAGUUUGAAAUCAGAUGACUCCCUCAAGUCAUGUGAUCAUUUCUUAGUAUUUGAUCCUUCAACAUGGCCUCAGGAAAUGCAAGACCUCCACAGUUUUGGGAACACAACAGUUUGCAGCAUUCUCAAGAAAUAUGAGGCCACCUUGCAACUUGACAAAGAUACCACUGUGACAGAAUGGAUGCUCUUAAAGCAGGCAGGAAAACGCCUGGGAGCCUCUUCUGUGUAUGACUUGGUCCAAAUAGUAAAUACAAGUAACCCAGAUGCUUACUCUUACACUGCCUUUAAGCAGUGCAGCUUGUGAGAGGGGAUUCUCACAUCUCAACAUAAUAAAAAUCAAGUACAGAUCUCGUCUGUCACAUGCUCGUCUCUCAGCCCUGAUGCACAUUCACCUGUCAAAGCAGACCACAGAGACAUUUGACCCAAAGCCUGCUGUUGACCUGUGGAUGGAGACAGCUAAUCGGAGGCUCAACCAAGGACAGGGAGGUGCAUCUGCAGCAUCUUCAUCAUCUACCAUGCAGGAAGCUGAAGCAGAGGACAGUGGUGGCGGCACUGAGGAGGACAGUGGUGGCGGCACUGAGGAGGACAGUGGUGGCGGCACUGAGGAGGACAGUGAGGAAGACUGCACUUAUUAAGACCGCUACAAAUGGGGUGACACCAGACACCCUCUGCUGGUACUCACCUGAGUAACUCACUGAAAAAGUUAUGUGCACCCCUGUUUAUAACCCAGAAGACCCCGAACAAUGGCGAUUAUCGAGUACUUCUGUCCAUUUCUAUCACAAAUGGUGUUAUUUUAUAUAUUUUUACAUUAUUAUAUCUUCUUGAUUGGUCUCAUCGUUUAUCAGCCACUCUGGACCUUCUGAAAGAAAGUGUGUCAAAAGAACCAGGCCAGACUAGUAGAGAGGUCCAGGGCAUAAUAUAACUCUGCCCUCUUAACCUACCAGACAGUUACACAACUCUCCUCUAUUUGUCCUCCCUUCCUCGUUCACUCUCCUCAGCCCUACCCAUGCCCACUUAGUCAGUGAGAAGGGCCCAUAGAGAUGGAUAGAGGACACGCCUAUCUUUGCCCAUAGGAAGUCCAAUGGUGAAAUCCCUCCAUGGCGCAGCCCACGCUAAAACAGGCUUUUGUGGCAAGUGCACCCUCUAUGCAUCUCUAUGAAAAGGCCUUGAGUGUGAUCCUAUUAUGUCAUCCCCAGUAGAGGUAGAGGCAUAAUCUCUCAUUUCUCCCCGAAGUGUGCACUUGUUCACUUCCCUUCAUGGAUUUGAAAGGAAAUAACUGGUAUAUGGAAACUCACUUCAGGCCAUGCCUAUUACCAAUCCAAUGCUUUAAAAUGUGUAUGGAGUAGUGAACGAGUGUUCACUACAGGAGGAAGGAGAGAUUAUUGGGAUGUGCCCCAGGGCAGCUUGUUGGCUAGCUCAAUGGAUUCAAGUCUGUAUGGCACUAGAUGCCAGAUAAGGUGUCUUGCCUGCUGUUCUUAGAAUUGGUGUCAGGACUACAAGACAAGCAGAUGUGUGUUUUGUGUGUGUGCGUUACUUGCGUGCAUGUCAAUGUCUGUAUAUUUGAAUGGACAAAACCAUUGAUCAUGUGACACCAUUCAUUCCUAUGUGAAGCCUCAAUAGUGCAUUGAAGCCAAAUUAAGUUGGUUAAGAUGGCGUCUCAUGGAGACAUAACAUGCUUAGUUUGGGCUACUCCAGGAAGUGAUUUUGCAGGCUCACUCAGUGCUGCCCCCGCUCAUUGAGUAAAGGCGUCAGCAUGCUUCAGUUCGGUUAGCCGGAGUCGGCUAGGCGAACCGAACGAGUGUGCUCGCAUACUCCCUUAAAAUACAUUUGCUUUAAAAACGAGAAAAAGCGGCAAUGGUACUGUUUGUAAAUUUUUUAGAUGCUUUAGCCAGUAUACACAAUUUAAGAUGACUAAAGAAAUCUGUCAUUGAUUUUUACGUUUUUGCCGAGCAGGUCUUAUUUUGCCGAGCAGAAUUUAUUUGCAAAUUAUGGUGAAAAUAAGUAUUUGGUCAAUAACAAAAGUUUCUCAAUACUUUGUUAUAUACCCUUUGUUGGCAAUGACACAGGUCAAACGUUUUCUGUAAGUCUUCACAAGGUUUUCACACACUGUUGCUGGUAUUUUGGCCCAUUCCUCCAUGCACAUCUCCUCUAGAGCAGUGAUGUUUUGGGGCUGUCGCUGGGCAACACGGACUUUCAACUCCCUCCAAAGAUUUUCUAUGGGGUUGAGAUCUCGAGACUGGCUAGGCCACUCCAGGACCUUGAAAUGCUUCUUACGAAGCCACUCCUUCUUUGCCUAUGCGGUGUGUUUGGGGUCAUUGUCAUGCUGAAAGACCCAGCCACGUUUCAUCUUCAAUGCCCUUGCUGAUGGAAGGAGGUUUUCACUCAAAAUCUCACGAUACAUGGCCCCAUUCAUUCUUUCCUUUACACGGAUCAGUCGUCCUGGUCCCUUUGCAGAAAAACAGCCUCAAAGCAUGAUGUUUCCACCCCCAUGCUUCACAGUAGGUAUGGUGUUCUUUGGAUGCAACUCAGCAUUCUUUGUCCUCCAAACACGACGAGUUGAGUUUUUACCAAAAAGUUCUAUUUUGGUUUCAUCUGACCAUAUGACAUUCUCCCAAUCCUCUUCUGGAUCAUCCAAAUGCACUCUAGCAAACUUCAGACGGGCCUGGACAUGUACUGGCUUAAGCAGGGGGACACGUCUGGCACUGCAGGAUUUGAGUCCCUGGCGGCGUAGUGUGUUACUGAUGGUAGGCUUUGUUACUUUGGUCCCAGCUCUCUGCAGGUCAUUCACUAGGUCCCCCCGUGUGGUUCUGGGAUUUUUGCUCACCGUUCUUGUGAUCAUUUUGACCCCACAGGGUGAGAUCUUGCGUGGAGCCUCAGAUCGAGGGAGAUUAUCAGUGGUCUUGUAUGUCUUCCAUUUCCUAAUAAUUGCUCCCACAGUUGAUUUCUUCAAACCAAGCUGCUUACCUAUUGCAGAUUCAGUCUUCCCAGCCUGGUGCAGGUCUACAAUUUUGUUUCUGGUGUCCUUUGACAGCUCUUUGGUCUUGGCCAUAGUGGAGUUUGGAGUGUGACUGUUUGAGGUUGUGGACAGGUGUCUUUUAUACUGAUAACAAGUUCAAACAGGUGCCAUUAAUACAGGUAACGAGUGGAGGACAGAGGAGCCUCUUAAAGAAGAAGUUACAGGUCUGUGAGAGCCAGAAAUCUUGCUUGUUUGUAGGUGACCAAAUACUUAUUUUCCACCAUAAUUUGCAAAUAAAUUCAUUAAAAAUCCUACAAUGUGAUUUUCUGGAGAAAAAAAUUCUCCAUUUGUCUGUCAUAGUUGACGUGUACCUAUGAUGAAAAUUACAGGCCUCUCGCAUCUUUUUAAGUGGGAGAACUUGCACAAUUGGUGGCUGACUAAAUACUUUUUUCCCCACUGUAUCUCAGCUCCAUGGCAAAAUGUGUAGAAUUGCAGGAAAUUUGCUUUAAACUUAAAUAUUUCUCUAAGCUCCUGAAGAAAUUUGUAGAAUGCAGGAAAGUGGCAUUAAAACACCAAAAUGCUCUCCUCCGCCAAGAUGGGGAGCCAGACAAAUUUCAGCCCGCCGACUGCGCCCAUUGCCAUGCAUAGAGCCCAACCGAUAUGUUUUUUCGGGUCUGAUACCGAUUCAAAUUUUUUGGGGUACAAAACUCACCGACGCCGAUAUACUGUUUUACUGCAGGGAAAUUAAAGUGUAUUUUUUUUCCACACUGCAUUCUCAUGAAUUUCCAUCCAAAAGAGCAAUUGUCCAAUAACUAUUGUUACGGAUACAGGUAUCCUGUGUUUUUGUGUGUUUCUCUCCUUCUGCCCUAAUCACAGGUGUCCUGUAUGUUCCUGAUUGGUGGUCGUUGAGGUGUCUGCUGAUUGGACCAAUCAGUGAACAUUCCUGUGAAUUGCACCACCUGUUACUCGUUUGUUCAAUCACACAUCCCAUUUUAUAAAAACCAAACUUGUGUGUGUUGCAAGAGAGAGAGAUUUUUGCCAUAUGUGAGUAUGGACACGGUGGUGUCCUGUGUGUUGUGUACUCACUAAGUUGUUGGUUACCCUAUUGGUAACUUUGUUAGAAUCCAUUUCUUUAUGUGAGUGUGGAUACUGUUGUGUCCUGUGUAUUGUGUACGUACUUUAUUGCUGAUUACCCUGUUUUGUAGCUUUGUGUGUUUCUGGGAAAAGGGGAGGUUAAGCUAGUUGCCCUUGGGCGUACAUUACCCGUAGGAAGAAAUCUGUCUAAAAACACUAGUUAGACCUGAGUGGACCACCCACUGUACUUUUGUAUGACUAGCAGUAGCCUAGCGGUUCUUCAGGCAGGCUAGAUCAGUUUAGGGGGGUUUUACACUAUUGUUUCAUUUCUUGGGUCCUGCUCAGCCCUUUUUCCCAAACCCUUACCGUGUGUUCAGAAAUAAACACUUUGUGUUUGACGGUAGUUCAUGGUUGUUGUGUCAUUUUUGGUUCUCACUGUUCCCUGCCACACUUAUAAUUUACAUGAAUUUAUGUUACGGGUCUCAUGUCCAUCCACCCUAGAUGUUUAGAGCCACGGGGUUCGUAACAACUAUGCUUCUGGCCGCAAGUGUUCAGAUUAGCAUGAGAUCAGGUUUUUUUCAUCCUAUUUAUUGAAUAUUGGUUAUCGGUGGAGUUAUUUACCGAUAUAUCGGUAAAAGGACAAUAUCGGCAAUCCGAUAUAUCGGUCGGGCUCUACCCACACCCACCACCUAAGCCCCUUUUUGAUCCAGAACAAACCCUGCUUUCUCUCCUCCUGUGUCUCCAGGACUGGGGUCGUCCGGGGGACCUGUGGAACCUGAACAUCCAGUGGCACGUCCCCAGUGUGGAGGAGACCCGCUUUGUGUUCUACGUUCUUGACCUGAUCCUACAGCCAGAGCUGCUCCGACUGCAGAGAUAUGCCCAGGGGGAACAGGACAUGACCAGGUGAGGAGGGAUAAACUAACUAACUAAAAGACAGUGAGAAAAGGGUCCUAAUCAUCAGUUAUCAAACAGAAGAAAACCGACUGAAACAAAAGGACUACCUAAACUUUUCCAAUUAGAAACACACGUUUUGCCAGGACUUUACCAGGUUGAAGACACAUUAAACAGUGUGACAGUGGCAGGUUAAGUCUGGAGUAGACAGGUGCAAGGAUAGGAUACUGCACUAAUCCAAGAAUAAGCUAACCUUUUUAUGAUCUUCUGAACCAGAAGCAGGAACACCCUUUUAAACCAAGGCUGGGUCUCUACUACACCACUACUUCAGUAGUGCACACAGUAGCAAAUACUUUUUGCAACGGACAAGUGUCGCAUUGUGCUGUUUGUCCUAAGUAUGCUAUUGUCCUGAAAAGUUUAGCUGGUACCACCCUGUUUCACUCUGUUUCAAAAAGUUUCCGUCCCACUGAACACAACCCUGUUCUGCUCUAUAAUGUGUAAUCAGUGUUAUGUGGACCCUGCAUGUAACUGUCUUAAUUCUGUUUUUUCAGGGAUGACGUCCUACAGAGUUUGUCCAUCGUACAGCACUGCCUUCUGGGAGCAGGUAGCCUGUUGCCCCUGCUGCAAGGAGAGCCCAUCCCUGAACUGUGAGUAGGACACAUUUAAUUAGCAAACAGUCAAGCUUAAUCAAUAAAAUGUAUUUAUGAAGUCCUUUGUUGUCACAAAGUGUUUUACCACAGUGUUUUUUAACUUUGUAACCUCUCUUUCUCCAUCAGGGUGACUAGCUUGGUGAAUCUGGGGGAGACCAACCUCUUCACAGGGAUGGCCGAUGGUAGGGAGUAUUACUAUCUACCCUCAAAGUUAGCUGUGCUCUGAUUUUCUUUGUGUGGGCAGUCAUAUUGUGACUGGGAUGUGUACAUAGUGUGGCUAGCCUGAGUUGUAAUUCCUCAACUCUCUCUCCCUCCCUGCAGAUGUGUCCAGAGAAAACUACAGAGAUGCUAUCUGCAGAGUGAUGAGGCAGCUGCUACGUGAGUAGUGUCCGCUCUCCUCCUGUCGCUGUAACCACAACACAACCCCACCUAACAUCAAAUCAACAUCCACCUCCUGUAACAACACCACCACACCAAACAACAAACUCUCGUCCCCUCCUGAUCCUGUAACCACAACACAACCCCACACCCCAACAUCAAACCACAGCCACCCAAACAACUGUUAUACUGUAAGUGUGAAACGUAUCACAUCUACCUUCCAGAUACUGUGUCCUGUCAUCGACUGCUGUAUUAUCAUUGUCUUGGCAAGAUUACUUUAUUCUCCAAUGUACACAGAUGUCUAACGGAAACUUGUCUUCUGCUGUAUUCUGCAUUUCUUCACAUCCAGAUCUAACUAACACAAAAAGUGUAAACCUAUCCAGAUAAUUUCCCUUCCUAUAAGUGUAAUGGUUUUUGAAAUUGCUAUGUGUCCACCACCUUGUCACUCUCUUCACAUAUUAAGAUCUAAUAAACCAUCUCUAAAACAUAUCCAGAUCAUGUAAUGGUUUGUUCUGUGUUAUUUCCUCAGAUCACAUUCUGGAGCACUCAGAGGACGACACCAAGUCUCUGUUCUCCAUCAUCAAGAUCAUCAGUGACCUGCUGCACUUCAAAGGCUCCCACAAACACGAGUUUGACUCUCGCUGGAAGAGCUUCAACCUGGUCAAGAAGUCCAUGGAGAACAGGGUGAGAGAUCUAGCUAGGACGCCAUACUGGGGCCAUGGCGGAGAUUGUGGUGGAAUUCACUUGAGUGAAUGAAUGCUGGUCGUUUACAGCACCCACAUACUUAUCUAACAUAUAUUUUGUAAGAGUUGAGUUUUGCAUUUUGAAUUGAUUCUAGUGGUGACCUGUAAUCAGUUAUUCAUUUCCCUUCUUCUAAUCCACCUAUAGCUUCAUGGCAGGAAGCAGCACAUCCGAGCCCUGCUAAUUGACAGAGUCAUGCUACAGCACGAGGUAGGGUCUCUCUGUCCUCUCUCUCUCUCUCUCUCUCUCUCUCUCUCUCUCUCUCUCUGUUCUGUCCAUUCUCAAGUGUCUGCUGCUGUCAUGGAAGAAUAUGUGUGUUUACGCCUGGUUGUAACCUAGCUGCUGUGUAAUGUGUUUUGUGUUGUCCAGCUGCGUAAGCUAACAGUGGAGGGGUGUGAGUACAGGAGUAUCCACCAGGAACUGAUGCGGGAUCUGCUGAGGCUCUCCACCAGCACCUACAGUCAGGUUAGCUCAGUUCACUACCACACAUGUUUGCUUUAGUAGCUCCAGCAGAUGAACAAAACAUUACUGUGGUGAGAGAGAUGUUUUAUCAAUCUGCCUUCAUGUUCCUUGAUUCCUCUCUCCUCGCCACCUCAAAACACAUUAAUCUCCUCUGAUGUUUUUUGAGGAGGCGGCGAGGAGACAGGAUGCAAGGAAUCAAGAAAAAUGUGUUAAGAAAGAACCACCAUUUGAGGGUGAGUACCUCAUGUGUGUCCCUCCAGGUGCGUAGCCGGGCUCAGAGUGUGCUGUUCACAGCUCUAGGGGCCUAUAACUUCUGCUGCAGGGACCUGAUCCCCCGCGUGCUGGAGUUCCUGGAGCCAGACCGCGCCGACGUCACACAGCAGCAAUUCAAAGUACGACUGGCCUGUCUCUGUCCUGUUUAUCUUUUAUCUAGACCACACACAGAAACACUCCCCUACCUCAUUCACACACACAUGAUCUAGGCUGGUUAUCGCAAAUUGAUCAUUGAUAAUAAUUGCUCAAUCGAUUGACUGACUGACUAAAUGACUGAUGAUGUAAAUAGAUAAAUGGAAUAUAACUUUGAGCCCUCAUCGUCAUAUUCGCCAUCCUUCAUUAUUUUCCUCAUCCUUCCUUACCCCCCCAUCUCUCCUCUCUCCAGGGUGCCUUGUACUGUCUCUUGGGGAACCACAGUGGGGUGUGCCUGGCCAACCUGCAUGACUGGGACUGCAUCACCCUGACCUGGCCUGCCAUCGUCCGCUCAGGCCUCAGCUCAGCUAUGUCCCUGGAGAAGCCCUCCAUCGUCCGGCUGUUCGACGACCUCGCUGACAAGGUCCACCGUCAGUACGAGACCAUCGGCAUCGAAGUCGCUGUAAGAGACCCUUCCUGCCUUUCCACUGGUGGAAAUUGUCAUUACUACCAUCUGGGUGUGAAUGGUUUGUGAUGAUGUCAUCUCAACUAUUUUUUUCAAUGAAUAACAAAACAUAUAUGCUAUUAAAAUCAAAUCAAAUGUUAUUUGUCACAUGCGCUGAAUACAACAGGUGUAGACCUUAACAUGAAAUGCUUACUUACAAGCCCUUAACCAACAAUGCAGUUCAAGAAAUGGUUAGGAAAAUAUUUACUAAAUAAAAUAUUAAUAAAAUACUAUUGCCUGUUUGUUAGGCAUGUGGAAGUAUGGUGUGACAUAAGCCUUCAAGAGUAAUGCUUUGUGACUGAAUAGGCAGUCAAGUGGCUUCAAACAUGUCUCUGAAGUUGAGAAUCUACAGGUCAUGUAUAGAUUGAUGUGCUUGGCCUGAGAUGACCCGUCUUUACCUCCACUAGCUAUAUAUCCCAUCAGAGUGUAGUGCCACAGGACCCAGUGCUAUAUAACAUAUAUAAUCAUUUCUGAUUAAACUAACUCUUAUCUCUACUGUAGAUCCCAUCAGCGUGUCGUGCUGUGGCGGUACAGCUCCAGACCUCUGGAAUUCCCCUUCCCCAGGACCCUGUCCCCUCAGAUAAAGAAGAAGCAGAGGGCCUCAGGAAGCAGGAGGAGAAGAACCUCGACUCAGUUCAGUGAGUACUAGAGGAAGACCAGAGGAAGAGCGUUCUCUGAUGAAUAAACACUACAAUACUGUUGAACUGUACACAAAAACUGUACACAAAUUCCUAUUGGUGUCUUAUUACCCUCUAGCAAAGGUCUGCCAGUUCCCAUUGUUAAACUAAUUUCUCAGUUAUGUCUACAGUAUAAUGUCGACAGUACAAGCCACUUUACAAGCUACUACUGGUCUGUCUCCCUCAGGAAAUAUGAGAGUCUGGUUGGUGAACUUCUGGACUGCCUCAACGACAGAAACAUGUAGGUUCACCUCGUCUCAAUGACUGAAACAAGCAUAGAAAUGUAUUGUGUUUAACAAAUAUGAUAGUCUGUCGUAUAGAAUAGGGGAAUCGUGUCCGCUCUGUUCCUUACGUUUUUAACUGCAACAUUUUGAUCAUUCCACCUCACUGAAUACGAAAACCAGUGUUCUUAUCGGUCAAGUUCAGGUUUGUAUUCAUCUUUCAUUCAAAACAUUG